ACGUCAUUCAGUAGCUUCCGGGCUGGCAGCACUGGCCCGGUGAUGUUGAGAUUUACAAUUUGACCACAUUUUAUAUACCUUUUGUAACAGACUAGCAGUCGUAAUUUAUAACCAAAUACAUCCUGUUAAUAGAUUAAAUAAAUAUAAUGUCAGAGCUUUGGUUACAAGGAUAAAGAGACUUAAUCCAACCCCCCCCCAGCGACUCAGGCGUAGCGGUUGAGAAAAGAGGUCUGGUUGCCUUGCUGCAAGAACCACAGCAGUUCAUCAUUGCUUGUCUGGUGUGAUUCAUCUCCAGCCCUGACUUCAUCCUCAAAGAUGAAGUUGAAGGAGGAUAUGAACCCCCUGCUGCUGCAGGUCUUCCACUCGGUGGUCUGGGUCUACUCUGUCAUCACCUUCAUACCCUGGUACUUCUUUUCCGGAGCUGGCACCAACUUGGAACGGGCUCGCCGGAUCAAGGCACGCUCAGUUAGUGGACACCCAGCAGGGCCUUACCGGGCCAUCAACAGCCAAGACAAGCUGGUAGCCUGGCUGCACCCUAGGGUGGACACCCUGGACAAAAUGUUUGAAUACGCUGUGAGUCGGUUUCCGCAGAGAGACUGUCUGGGCACCAGGGAGGUGCUCAAUGAGGAGGAUGAGCCCCAGCCUAACGGCAAGGUCUUUAAGAAGGUAAUUCUAGGGAACUAUAACUGGCUGUCGUACGAGGAAACCUACAAGGCAGCGAGGUGUUUUGGCAGCGGUCUGGCAGCACUCGGCCAGAGACCUCAGUGUAAUAUCGCCAUCUUCUGUGAGACCAGAGCAGAGUGGAUCGUGGCAGCACAAGCCUGCUUUAUGUACAAUUUCCCACUUGUGACCCUGUACGUCACUCUUGGACCCACGGCCAUCGCGCACGGCCUGAACGAGACCGGCAUCACGCACAUCAUCACAAGCAAAGAACUGCUACAGAGCCGUCUCAAGGCCAUACUGUGUGAUGUGCCGAGGCUGCAGUACAUCAUCGUAGUAGACCCUAAACCCACAAGCUGGCCAGACAUCCCCAGAGGCAUCAUGGUCUACAACAUGGACGCUGUGAAGGAGAUGGGAUCCAAGCCUGACAAUUUAGCAGUAGACCGCAGACAGCCAGAGCCCUCGGACAUCGCGGUCAUCAUGUACACCAGCGGCUCCACUGGCAUCCCCAAGGGUGUCAUGAUCUCCCAUGGCAACAUCAUUGCUGGCAUCACUGGCAUGGCUGAGCGAAUCCCUAACCUCAAUGAAACCGACACCUAUAUUGGCUACCUGCCAUUGGCCCACGUUUUGGAGCUCAGCGCCGAAAUGGUGUGCAUCUCUCACGGCUGUCGCAUCGGCUACUCCUCCCCUCAGACUCUAGCCGACCAGUCCACAAAGAUAAAGAAGGGCAGUAAAGGGGAUACCAGUGUGCUGAAACCUACUCUCAUGGCUGCUGUACCAGAGAUCAUGGACCGAAUCUACAAGAAUGUGAUGACCAAAGUGGAGAAAAUGAGCAAACUCCAAAAGACGCUGUUUGUGCUGGCUUACAACUACAAGAUGGAGCAGAUCUCCAAAGGCUACAGCACGCCUCUCUGUGACAGGCUGGUGUUCAAACGAGUGCGUGCGCUCUUGGGAGGAAACAUACGGGUGCUGCUGUCUGGCGGAGCUCCGCUCUCCGCUGCCACACAGCGCUUCAUGAACAUCUGCCUGUGCUGCCCUGUGGGCCAGGGCUACGGCCUGACAGAGACCUGUGGAGCUGGCACCAUCAGUGAGAUGUGGGACUACAGCACAGGACGCGUUGGCGCUCCAUUGGUUUGUUCAGAGAUCACGCUGAAAGACUGGGAGGAGGGUUGUUACUACAGCACGGACAAGCCCAACCCACGGGGGGAGAUUUUGAUUGGCGGCCCCAACGUAACGAUGGGUUACUACAAAAAUGAAGCCAGGAACCGCGAGGACUUUUUUGUGGAUGAGCACGGCCAGAGAUGGUUCUGUACAGGAGACAUCGGAGAGGUCCACACUGACGGAUGCCUUAAGAUCAUCGACCGUAAAAAGGACCUGGUGAAAUUGCAGGCAGGCGAGUACGUCUCUCUAGGAAAAGUGGAGGCCGUUUUGAAGAACUGCCCACUCGUAGACAACAUCUGUGCCUAUGCUAACAGUGACCAGUCGUACGUGAUCAGCUUUGUGGUGCCUAACCACAAGCAUCUAACGGUGCUGGCGGAGCAGUUGCAUGUGAGUGGCACAUGGGAGGAAAUGUGCAACAACUCGCAGAUUGAGAAAGAGGCCCUCCGCAUCAUUACUGAAGCUGCUCUCUCAGCGAAAAUGGAGCGAUUUGAGAUCCCCAAGAAGAUCCGUCUGAGCGCCGAGCCCUGGACACCAGAGACCGGGUUGGUCACUGACGCAUUCAAACUGAAACGCAAGGAGCUCAAAACACACUACCAGGAAGACAUUGAGAGAAUGUAUGGAGGAAAAUAACACAUACAAACACACUCCAAACAACAAAUACACAUAGAUAUACUUGCACACAUACACAGGGAGCUCAGAAGCCACUACCGGGGAACACUUGGGAGAGGAGUUUUACUUAGAUACAGGUACAAACAAACAAACACACACACACACACACACACACACA